AUGUCCCAAGCAAAUACUUCAGCCCAGGCAAGUCCUUCAGCCCAGGCAAGUCCUUCAGCCCAGGCAGGUCCUUCAGCCCAGGCAGUUCCUUCAACCCAGGCAGGUGAUUCGACUCAAGCAGGGCCUCCAGCCUCGAAUGUUCAGAAAAAUGAGGCCAAUGCAGAUAACGGUAAAAGGAAGCGAGGAGACAGCCCUCCCUUGGUGCACAGUACGUGGGUGGUAGAUAUCAUUCGAGAGGCAACUACCAAAGAAGUCCAUGACGAUCUCAAAGCCCAGUUCAUGUCAUCAGAGCCCAAUAUGGGCGCAGCAACGGCCUUCUUUAACGAAUUAAAUAAGAAAAUUGAAGAAGCAAACAGGAACCAUAAUGUUGAUGCGCAGCUGGGAGUCGUUCCGUCAAAUAUUUACCAGCGGCUUUUUGAAUCCUUCCUAGAGACUUUAAACAAAGCACAGACUCCAGACGAAGCGUGGCAAGCUUUCGAUGCCACCCAUAAUGCCUUCGAUGAAUUUAACAAGGAGCACCAUCUCCCUGCUGAAUGGAAUAUCACGCCAGGAAUUGUGGAGGGCCAAUUCGGGGCAAGGGUCAAAAAAGAGCCGGAUCAGGAUGAAGACAUGGAUUCUCUCUUUGAUGGAAGCCUCCCGCCCUUGGAUAACUUCGACGUAACGAACCUUGAUGAUCUAGAGGCUAUGGCACGGGAGACUCUGUCCUCUCACUCCGAUGGAAAGGUGCUUUUCUGGUGGAAGAAGGGCACGGGAUCCCAGAUUUUCGUACGAUAUGGCACGGAGGCUCAACCAAUAUAUCGGAUCCGGGCGGGGUCAUACCAGCAAUAUGAUUCCAUGAGUGUCCCCAAAGUUUUGUCAGUCCAGCCGGCUGAUCCAAGGACCAGCUUCAAAAUUGCCCGGCCGGACGAACCCAAGAAUGUCCCCCAAGCAACGCAGCCGCGUGGUCGCGUGAAGCUGAUCAUCGAAGAUGAAGAUGGAAAUUUGAACGAGUCAUGGAAGUUCACGCGGGCAGACGUGGCUGGAAUCCUCGGAGUCGGAUGGAAGAUUGAAGAUGACGAUGAAGAAAGCGUCGAGCCCCUGGACUGCAUUUGGCCCGAGCCUUAUGCCUGCUACCCCCAGACGCGUGCGCUGGUCAAAUGGAAGGAUGGCGAAGUCACCUUGGAGGACCGUUCAUUUGUCCGCCGCAUCACGCAAGGUUCCAAUCUGCAGGGAGACAAGGUGAUCUACCAGAAAGCUAUGGCCAGCGAGGUUCUCUAUCGACAGGAGGAAGGCCUGCCCUAUGAGCAUCUUCUGCAGAAGCUGGCUGCUGUCAAGGCUAAGAAACCGAUGGCCACUCACCAGGAGGACGAAGAUUUCGAGCCAGAAGUGGUCUCAGUGGCCUCGCAAACUCCACCCCCCGGUCAACGUUUUUCGUCUAUGGCGCGCGGCAGCGCAACCCCUACCUCCCAGCGGGGACGAUCGAGAGCCAGCGAGGUCCGAUUUGUCCUACCAUCUUCUACCCCUUCCCGAGCUGCUACUGCCGUUGAAGAUCCACGCGAUGUCGAGCUUCGUUUCCUAAGAGAGAAGAUAGCACAACUGGAAGUGGCCGCCAAACAGCCGCAUCCGCGGUACGAUGCACGUCGCAGCGCAGCUCCCGCAUGGGAAAAUCGGAAUAGAUUCCAAUCUGAAAUAUCUGAAUACACCCCAGAGCCACCUCGACUUCGACGGGGCCGCGCGAGGAGGGGCCGUGGUCAGCCGGUGUGGGAUAAUUGGUCUGGAGGAUGGACGCCAGCUAUUCAGGCCUACUGA